UCUUUACAUUGUGGAGCCUGACUGUGUCUCAGCCACUGAUUUAUAUAAUGCAGUAAAACUGCUGGAGCUCAGUGGUGCCUCUCUGCUCUGUCGAGGCAAAAGGGGGUUUAGUAUCAAGUGAUUUCAUUUCUCUCCUUGCAAUCAGAGGGGCAGCGCGGUGUCAGGAUGACUGGUGAUAACUGGCCCAGGUCUCCAUUGUGUGUGUGUGUGUGAGAGAGAGAGAGAGAGACGGUCAGAGGCACUCCCCGGCCCUCGGGGUUGGGGACGGGAAUGUUUAGGAACCUGUUUGCCUGGCUCUGUGGUUCCCUGAUUGGCUGCUGUUUUGUGUAGAGAACUGGCAGGUCGGGUUCAGCCCGAAUUCCUCACAUUCUCCCACCACAAAUUGUGAGACACACAGCACCUCAGUACCAAACUCACAAACUCGGACACUCGGACACCAUGGAGACCAUGGCUCUCUCUCUCCACAUCACCUUGCUGCUUCUUUCUCUCGCCGGAGCUCAGGGUUUUAACAUUUCGCUGGUGAACGAUAAAGAGCUGGUCACCAACACCUUCUCCAGGUCCGUCAUCGUGGGGCUCCCGCCCUGCAGGUUCAUCUCCAAGUCAGUUCACAUCAAUGUCACUACAGGUGACAACCCAGGUCCGUUACAGGAGAAUUUCACUAUGAUAGCUUGUCGCUUUCCACGUGAUUUGAUCAGCAUUGUCUCCUCCCAGGGUGGCAGCCAGCAAACCAACCACGUGGGGGUCAGACUGACUGACCUGAAUCCUGGCACCGAUUACAAUGUUCAAUUCACCAUCGACACCGAAUCCAGUAACAAGCUGCCUUUCCGAUCACUGAAUCCCCAGGAUUACCGGAAUAUUGAUGUGAACUUCAGGCGGACGGGAGCAAUGGUGGUGAUCACAGUGCUGCUGGUGGUCGCGAUGGCGCUGCUGAUCGUAUUCCUGAUCAUCGCUCUGGUGAUCAAAAAGUGAACACACCCAACGUUAGGAUCUGUUCAUUCCUGAAGCUGUUUGUGAAAAGGACAUUCUGAACUUUCUGACUAACACGGUGUAACUCUGGCUCGGGGAAUAUCUGAUCAAUUGGAGUUGAUUUGGGGGGAGUUUUAUAUGAUGUGAUUUUAAUUCUUUUCACCCCUUCGAUGUAGACACUGACAGUAACCUGAUCAAUAAAGGUGUAAGUGAAUGGGGAGAGAAAGCGUCCCAGGGGAUUGAGAUGACGGUUUAAGAAGCCUGAUCAUAAACAUUCAUGUUCUUCUUAUUUUAUAAUAAAAGUGUAAUUAUAACAGAG